AAAAUGGGUGCGGUUUAAGAUUACAGCUGCUGAAUGCUCAUUCUGAUCGGUUGGUUGGUUGAUGGGGGGAAGAAACAACAAGCUAGCAAUAUGAGGGUCCCCGAAACACUGAUUUGGGCCGCAUUUUUUAUCCAGAAGGUGGUGGGAGAGUAUGGCAUGGCCCAUUUCAGUGAUAAGGGCAAGAGUAAAGGGAAGGAUUACUGCAUAUUCUUCAACUCCCAGUGGGCACGUUUACCUCAGGACCUCAACAAGGCAUCACGUCUUCAGAUCUACGACCUGACAACUUCGGUCCUGUGCUCACCUUCCGACGUCCCAGAGGGAGGCUUCCCGAACCGCAUCCCCAUGGUGAUGAGGGGCAACUGCACUUUCUAUGAAAAGGUUCGCCUGGCCCAGAUUAACGGCGCCAAGGGCCUACUCAUCGUCAGCAAGGAUCGACUGACUCCACCAGCAGGAAAUAAAACUCAGUAUGAGGAGAUUGACAUUCCUGUAGCACUGCUGAGCUAUACAGACAUGUUGGACAUCAGCAAGAGUUUUGGAAAAGGAAGGCUUGUUGCCAUGUACGCACCCAAUGAGCCUGUGCUGGAUUAUAACAUGGUGAUAAUCUUCCUCAUGGCUGUGGGGACUGUGGCUGUAGGAGGCUACUGGGCCGGCAGCAGAGACAGCAAGAAACGCUACAUGAAGCAUAAGCGGGACGACGGCGCCGAGAAGCAGGACGAGGAGACGGUGGACGUCACACCUGUCAUGAUCUGUGUGUUUGUGGUCAUGUGCUGCAGCAUGCUGGUGCUCCUCUACUUUUUCUACGACUACCUGGCCAUUUGGGUCAUCGCGAUCUUCUGCAUGGCUUCCUCCAUCGGCCUCCACAGCUGCCUGUGGCCUUUCGUUAGGAGAAUUCCCUUCUGCAAGUGCAGGAUCCCAGAGAACAACCUUCCUUACCUGCACAAGCGACCACAGAUCCGCAUGUUGCUGCUGUCGGCGCUCUGCAUCAGCAUCAGCAUCGUGUGGAUGGUGUUUCGUAACGAGGACCAGUGGGCGUGGGUGUUGCAGGACGCCCUGGGGAUCGCCUUCUGUCUCUACAUGCUCAAAACAGUCCGGCUGCCCACAUUCAAGGCUUGCACUUUACUUCUGACGGUUCUGUUUGUUUACGACGUUUUCUUUGUGUUUAUCACACCCUUCUUUACAACGAGCGGGGAGAGUAUAAUGGUGGAGGUAGCAGCUGGACCGUCGGACUCCGCCCCGCACGAAAAGCUCCCUAUGGUGCUCAAAGUGCCGAGGUUAAACUCCUCCCCCCUGGCCCUUUGUGACCGACCCUUCUCCCUGCUGGGAUUUGGAGACAUCCUAGUACCAGGCCUGCUCGUUGUGUACUGUCAUCGGUUUGACAUUUUAACACAAUCCUCCAGGAUCUACUUCAUGGCCUGUACGAUCGCGUAUGGCAUCGGCCUGCUGAUCACCUUCGUGGCCCUGGCUGUGAUGCAGAUGGGCCAGCCUGCCCUGCUCUACCUGGUGCCUUGCACUCUGCUCACCAGCCUUGCUGUAGCACUGUGGCGCAGAGAGUUGCCCCAGUUCUGGACUGGAAGUGGAUUUGUGCCUCCCAUAGUGCUCGCACCAAUCAACUGCACGCACACCGCAGAGCCACCGCCGCCGCUGCUGCAGGAGCCCUCAGCUGAAGCAGAACCACAAACCACAGAGGCCACCAAUCAGAGCAAAGAAACGCCCAAACAGCUGCCUCAGGACACACCCCUGCCGCUGCAGGGGCACUCAAAUGAAGUGGAGCCACAAACCACAGAGGCCACCAAUCAGAGCAAUGAAACACCUGAACAGCUGCCUCAGGACACGCCCCCGCUGGAGAAAAGCGAAGAGAAAACCGACUACUAGUAUAAUCUUUUCAUUUCACUCCAUGUUUAAGUUUUUUUUUUUUUUUUUUUACUGCAGCAUGUCUCAGUGGACGCUUCAAGCACAGAUGUUUAUCGUUUGCAUUCAAUGCAAAAGAGAGGAGCUGCGUAGAUUUGUUUAUUUUGUGGCUGGGUCAGUGGUAAAGAGGCUGGAACACUUAAAGUCUACCAUCUUCUUAAGGUCCAGUCACACCAGCAUGUUUAUGAAUUCAGCAACCUAAACCAUUACAUCUAACCUCCGCUGGUGGAGAAUCAGUCGCUGUUAAGCUGCAAUAAACAAAGUGGUCAAUCAUCUUUGGCUAUUUAAAAAUAUAGCCAAAAAAAAUCAAGUUUUGCAGAUUUUAAAGUUUAUUUUAGUUCAGCAGGACAUGUUUUGGUAACACUUUACAAUAAAGAUCCCUUUAUUAACAUUAGUGCAUUAUUAAACUCUUAAAUACAGUAUUAACGACUGCUUAAUCAUAUUAUUUAAUGCAUUACUAAGCAGACACCCUACCCCCAACCCUUUGUCCCAACUUUAAGGAGACUUAAUAGUUAAUAAAUGUUAAUGAGGGGACCCUUUAUUUAUUAAUGCUUAAUAAUGCACUAAGUAUAUGGGGGGCAUUUGUAAAGUCAUAAUUUAACAGCAGUAUUUUGGGUUAUUUAGCUUAUCUUGAGAGAAAAAAUGGGAAUUCAUUUUUAAGUCUUUUUUCACCAUGCUAAUCAUACAAUUAUAAAAUCUAAAUAUUUAGUCAGCAAGCUAAGUAUUUAAUUUAGAGUUAAAUAUUUAUUUUACAAACUAAAUUUUUAGGUUGGACCUAAAUAUUUAGUUUGUAACAAAUAUUUAAUUUACAAAAUAUUCAAUUUGGAGUUAAAUAUUUAGUUUACAAGCUUAAUACUUAGCUCCAAAUUAAAUAUUUAUUUUUCUAAAUAAAUAUUUAGAUCUAAGCAAAAUACUUAUUUUGGGGCUAAACCUACAUAUUGAUUUUGAAAACUAAAUAUUUAGAUCCAAAGUAAAUAUUGAGCUGGGAUCUCAAUAAUUACUUUGAAAAUAGUUAAUUUGGAGCUAAAUAUUUACUAUAUACUUUAAUUCCUCGCUUUCGAUAUUGUACAUGAAUGGUACUUUUUUGGGUAUCUAAAUUUUUUAUUAAGUUUAAUUUGAGUUUAAAAAGUACAUUUUACAUACCAUGCAUAUAUUACAUAUCAAACUCUUCAGCUACUCUCUCUCUCAAAACCUUUUCUGUCAACAUGACAGAUCUGAGGUAAAGUUAUUGAGAUAUUUUUGUUUAAUUAGGACAACUUGUGAAAUAGAAAUUGCCCUGUUUAGUAAACAUAUGCUGUCCUAACAGCAUGAGGGGACACAGCCUACAUCGGUAUUGGUUUAUAUCGAUAUUGGAUAUUGGAUAUCCAGAGUAAAUAUUUAUUUUGAAGCUAAACAUUUUGUUUGCAAAAUUAAUAUGUAGGUUUACCCCCAAAACAAAUAUUUUGCUGGUAUGUAAAUAUUUAUUUUGGAAAAUAUUUAAUUUGAAGCUAAAUAUUUAGCUUGAAAACUAAAUAUUUAGCUCCAGAUUAUAAAAUAAAUAUUUUUCUAACUAAAUGUUUAAACUAAAUAUUUAAGUCAGAUCUUAAUAUUUUGUUUGUAAAAUAUUUAACUUUAAAUUAAAUGUUUAGCUUGCUAACUAAAUACGUGGCUGGGCUCUUUAACAUUUAUAAAUGUAUGAAAAACAUGAUUAAAAUAAGACUGAAAAAUUAACUCCCAUUUUGUUUCUCUUAUGAUAGGUUAAAUAACCCAAAAUACAACUAUCCAACUUCACAAAUGGCACCCCAUACUAAGUAUUGUUAAUAAAGGGACCCUUGUUGUGAAGUUUUACUCGUGUUUUUGGAUGUAGCUGCUGAUCAGAGGCCCGUUUCUAAUGGAUGGGAUACCAAAAAUUAGAUUAAAUAGAAUGUUUUUAUUUAUUUUAUUUUCCGUGUAAAGAAGCACUUUGUCAUUUUUAAUCACACAUGCAUAACUGACUGGACUGAAAAGACAUAAAAUAUUGUGAAUCUUUCAGGUACUUAAUCUGAAUUGAUUUAACUCUUUAUACACAAAAACACUAUCUUAGAUUGCAUUUUAGAUCUAAAACUGCAGCGAGUUUUUACCCUUUAAAAAUCAGAUGCUGUUGUGUUUGAGCCCAACCCUACCAAACUUUAUUUUCUAUUGACAUAUUUAAUUCAUCCUACUUUAGGUAUAUUAUUUAUUCAUGCAGUGGGUUUUGGUUUGAUCUAUUUUAUUAUUUUUUUAAAAACUAGCAUGUGGUGAACAGUGGCGUCAACGACGAGGUGAAAGUCUAAUAAUUGUCUUAAGUUUUGUUUCCGGCCUUACCAUGCUCGUGUUGGGAGGCGCAGUGGAAUGUGUAGAAACAAAAAAAAGAAAAGUACUGUACUCAAAACGUGCUGCAGUUUCAAGUUUAAUGCAAGAAGCGAGCAACUUAUUUUGUUACCUGCAGUUUGUGAAAAGCAUUUACACAUUUUAAUUCAUGUUUUCAUUUCCAUGACAGAUUGUCUGGUCGUUCAUUUCUCUGUUUAUCUAUUAGACGGUUCUAGGAGGUUGAAACCAAUGUGAUGCUUAAAUUAUUAAGUAUUCUGCAGUUUUCUUUAGUUUGUUAACUCAACGACACGACCUUAAACUCCAGAAUCCAUCAGUUUAUAAUCCAGAAUAACCACCUUGUGUACAAAAGGAUUUGGCAGCUGAAAUGUCUGAAUUUGUUCCCUCGCUGACUCCUGAUCACACUCAGGACAUGACACACCUUUAAGUUAACCACCUGUUGAUGUAAUAACAUCUGAUGAUUAUAUGUAAUAAAGGAACAUUGUAUUUGA